CCUCCCCCCCGCCCCGGGGGCCGCGCCGGGGGGGGCCGCCCCUCACGCCCCCCCUCCCCCGGCGCCCAUGGAGCACCAGUCCAUCAUCGCCCAGGUUAGCAGGGAGGAGGGGAGCGCCCCGCUGCAGGAGAAAGGUACCCAGGCCCCUGCCAAGAAGCCGCGGAGCCGCAGCAUUCUCCAGUCCCUGUUCUGCUGCCUGUGCAGCGAUGAGGGAGAGCCCCGCGCCGGCCCCCCCAGCGCCCCGCUGCUGGUGGAGGAGAAUGGAGCCCUGCCCAAGGCUGCUGUCAAACACCUCUUGCCUGAGAUCAAGCCACAGGAUGCCAGCAAGCUCUGCGUGGUCAUCGACCUGGAUGAGACGUUGGUGCACAGCUCCUUCAAGCCAGUGAACAAUGCUGACUUCAUCAUUCCCGUGGAAAUCGAUGGCAUCAUGCACCAGGUGUACGUGCUCAAGCGUCCACACGUGGACGAGUUCCUGCAGCGCAUGGGCGAGCUCUUCGAGUGUGUGCUCUUCACCGCCAGCCUGGCCAAGUACGCGGACCCCGUGGCUGACCUGCUGGACAAAUGGGGGGCUUUCCGGGCACGGCUCUUCCGCGAGUCCUGCGUCUUCCACCGCGGCAACUACGUGAAGGACCUGAGCCGCCUGGGCCGCGACCUGCGCCGCAUCAUCAUCGUCGACAACUCGCCCGCGUCCUACAUCUUCCACCCCGAUAAUGCCGUGCCGGUGGCCUCCUGGUUCGAUAACAUGGCGGACACGGAGCUGCUGGACCUGCUGCCCUUCUUCGAGAGGCUCAGCAAGGUGGAGGACGUGUACGCAGUGCUCAAGAAGCAGCGGACUAACAGCUAGUGGCCCCCCCCCCGCCCCACCGGGUGCUGCCAGAGCGGGGGGUAGGGGGGCGCCGUCGUGGCAGCCAGGUGCCUUGUUUUAGGGGGAGGGGUGUCCCAGUGCACCCUGCUGCCCGCCCUGGGUGGGCGCGGGUGUCCUCCCUGCCCGCUGAGGUGGGGGUAUGUGGGAGCCCCCACUGGAAAGCUGGUGUGGGAGGAGGGGCUGUGGGUGAUCUACUGCCUUGCUGUGUUGGGGACCUGUUGUGGGGGUCCCAUCCUUCCCUUUGUCACCCCCCCGCCUCGACCUGCCCCCUCCCCAUAAUGGUUCUCAGGUCCUUUCCCCUCCGUGUUCCCCCUGAGUGGGGACGAGGGGUCAGCAGCUGCUGCUUUCCACUGCCUUUGAGGGGGGGAACGGACCCCCCCCAUCCAGGCUCUGCCUCUUGGGGGGUGACAGCCCUUGGCUUCAGUCUGCAGGGGCCAUGAGAAGGGUUAACCCCUAACAGCUGCCAAAACCUUGGGUUGGGUGUGUAUUAACAGCCUUGGUGCAUGGGGCGACCGGCAUACCCUUAACUCUGCCACUGCUGCAGCUCAUCACCCUGGGGGGGGGUCGUAUCCCUACCCCUCCUGCGUGCCUUCUGCUGCUCCCCCACCUAGGGGGGGUUGUUUGGGGGAGGCAGCCAGGCCCCAGCACUGAGCUCCUGGCUGCAGAUGCCCCCCACGUGCCUUGGCUCCCCAUGCCCCCUCCCAGCCCUGCAGGAGGUGUGCCUGGGGGUCUCUUCCUCCUCCAACCUCGGUUUCUUCCCAUGGUGGGGGCAGGUCUGCGCCUCCCCCCCACUCCAGUUACACUGUGUCAGUGGGAGUCACUCCAGUCACCAGGGGGGGUAUCCCCUCCUGGGGGGCAUGCACCCCCUCCCCAUCCAUGUGCAGCUUCAACAAAGGCUGCAACUGCUGGGGGGGGGGCACCCCCACACCAGCCUUACUCUGCCCCCCUCCACCUUACCCCAGCCGUCCCAUCUGGGACAGGGAUGGGGGGCACUAUACCCCUCUCCCCCACCCCACAGCCUGGGGUUAACCCUGACCCCCAUGGGGUUGGGCCUGUGCCAGGGUGUCCCCCAGCUGUGGGGGGCUGGGGGCUCUCAGGGAGGGAGGGGGGUUGGGGGCUGAGCUCAGCCAUGUCUUUUUUAGCGUUGCAAUAUGGACAAUGGUUCGUGUCUUUUUAGGGGGAAAAGCAACGGUUUCCAAAAAAAAUCAUGGGUGCCUUUUAGCGCUGUGCCAGGGAAGGGGGGGUCAGGCUGGGGGUGGGAUGCGAGGGGCUGUUUGCUCUCCGGUGCUGCCCAUCUCCCAGCGCUGGGUGCAGGGAUCCUCCCAGGCCUGCCUGCCCUGCAGCCCCUGCCCACGCUGGGAGGAGGGGGGUGAUGCUGUGGCACGCUUACCCCCCACCCCUGACUCCAGACCCCUGCCUGCCCCAGGCCUCAUCCUGCCCCCCCCAGGAGGGUUGAACUCAGCACUUUAUAUUAGACAAGUCAAACGGCUCCAGCAGAGCCCCUGCCCCACCAGCACCCCUGGGUGCUGCAGCGCCCCAGGAGCACAGCCCUCCCCACGCUGGGCACCCUUGGGGGGGUGAGGGGGGGACUGGAGGUGACAUUGGGAGGGCUGGGGGACCAGAUCCAAG